ACUGGAGAGGAAGUGGCCCGAGCAAUCUCAUGGCUGCUUGGAUGGUCAUACUUCACCUCAUGGUCGCUAUCUUUUUACCCACAACCGCUUCGCUGCUGGAAACUCCGCUCCACACGUGGUAUAACGGUUGACUUUCCUCUCUUGAACAUUCUUGGCUUCACAAGCUAUUUCAUCUCAACUACAGCAUUUAUUCUCGCGCCCAGAAUCCGCCAGCAGUAUGCCCUUCGACAUCCUUUCGCUCCUGAGCCCACAGUACGAUACAAUGACCUGAUCUUCGCUUUGCAUGGCACUAUCGUCUGCUUUGUUUUCUAUAGUCAGUUCUACCCAAGGUUGUGGAACUUCGAAGUGAUCAAAGGACAACGAGCCAGUUCCAUAGCUCUUGGUAUCUUUUAUGGUAGCAUUGUGGGAGUGGCUAUUACUACCAUACUUGUAUUCUCAUUCAAAGGCAGAAGAGACACUCCCGACUCAUGGGCAGAAAUUGAUAUCUACGCUCCGCAAGCAUGGUAUGUAGCACAUGACCGCGAAGGCUCUUCAGAUCUAACCUUAUCCUACAGGUACAACUAUAAGAUCAAGUCGACAGCAGGUUGGGCUAUCGACAUGAUCUGGCUUGACUUUUUCGGCGGCAUUAUGUCUCUUCUCCAGUUGAUUAUCGACAGCGCACUGGAGGCAGACUGGAGUGGAAUUACUGGCAAUCCAGCAAAGUUAUUCCUUGCUGUAUUCAGUCUUUGCUUUGACACGGUCUUUNUCGUACAGCAUUACAUUCUAUAUAGGGGCAAGGCGUUGCCUGUAGAGGAUGAGGAAGAAGAAGAGGAUGAAACGAGACCUCUUCUCGCA